AUGAAGCCUUAUGCUAUUUUCAUCAACUGCUUCCUGCCAGACCUGCUGGGUGCUGUGCUGCGAUAUGUGCCGUGCAUGCAUUUCCAAGCGGGAUACCGCGCAAGGUUUUCAACCUACGAUGUCACUGCAGCUUGUCCAUGGGAGCUCUACAGAUACACCAUCCUUGCCGCGACUAUACUGCUCGGGGCGGUUGUUGGGCCCGUGUUUUGGGUGCUCGUGAUCAAGCGCUCCUCAAAGUGGCAGCCAGAUGAGCGUCGCGAGGUCCUGGGCUUCUUGACUUCCGGGUACAAGGAGGCCUGUGAAUGGUGGGAGGCUGGCGUCCUCACUCGCAAGUGCUUGCUCGUGAUGGCAGCCUCGCUCUUUCCGAUGAGCUACUCUCCCUUCCUCUUUCUAACCUCCCUUCUCGUCAUCAUGGGUACAAGUCUGACCCUUCACACGUUGGCAUGGCCAUACAGCAGCGAUGUCCUGAACCAGCUGGAGCUCGCUGUGCUGACUUCUUCCACUAUCGUGAUCCUUUGUGCCAUGAUCCUCACACUUCAGCCGAUUGUGUGGACUUUGGACUACAGCAUCACACACCCGGCUUUGGCAAGUGCACUGCUCCUGCUCCUGUCUCCAUUUGUAGUGCUUCUUUAUCUUCUCCUGUACGAAGUCAGGAAGAAAGAAAGCGCAAUGAUCCAAAGGGGUUUUUCCACUUUUUGCUCCGGUCGGGAAUCGAAUGGCAUGAGAUGA